UUCUUCCCCGACGCUUGUGUUAAAGUUGUAGCGACAACAUCAGGAGCAGCGAGAAUGCCUAAGCAAAUCCACGAGAUCAAGGACUUCCUUCUGACGGCGAGGAGGAAGGAUGCGAGGUCAGUGAAGAUCAAGAGAAGCAAGGAUAUAGUCAAGUUCAAGGUCAGGUGCUCGAGGUACCUCUACACACUCUGCGUCUUCGACCAAGAGAAGGCCGAUAAGCUUAAGCAGUCUCUUCCUCCAGGUUUGAGUGUUCAAGACCUUUGAACAUCUGGGACGGGACAUAUGUCAGUACGACCGACCUAUGUUGAAGUUUUAAGAUACCUUUUUUAUUUGGAGAUUUUAGUUUUUGAAUCAAGACUCUUCUCUUGUCUGGAUUUGUAUUUUGCCUAAUGCUUGGUUAGUAACAAGAAGCAUUCACAUUAAUUUUCUAUAUGGUUUUGAUUUA